CACCCAGCGAAGCAUAAGCGAGCGCGCCAGCAAUGCGAUAGUCCGGGCUGCAAUGGUGAAAUAAGCCACGACACUCUUUUGUAGGACAAACUUUUGUUUUUAAUGAUUAGAAUUCUAAUUUCGCACCAUUCAUUGCGGUUUAUUUUUGUUGUUGGUGGUUGUAUUUUUUUUUCGCGAGGGAGCUCUCGCUCUCUCAAAUCUGAUUUCUGAAUCGAUACUUUUUUGAAGACGCUUGGUAAUUAUGUUCGGAUCGGCGCUGAUCCAACCGGCAAGAUGAUGGUUUCACCGAGGAGUCGGUUCGCUCGUGGUGCUGAUUCGGUGGUCUUGGUGUUGUUUUGGGUCUUGGGAAGCGUCCUAGCCAAGGAUACUGCCUUUGUGGAAGUUGUGCUUUUUGAGUCGAGCCCAAAUGGUGAUUAUACCACUUACACGACAGGUUUGCAGGGACGCUUCUCCAAAGCCGGAGCCACUAUCAGCGCCGAGGGCGAGAUCGUGCAAAUGCACCCAUUGGGGCUGUGUAACAACAACGAUGAAGAGGAUUUGUAUGAAUAUGGCUGGGUGGGCGUGGUCAAAUUGGAGCAGCCCGAGUUGGACCCUAGCUGUCUCACUGUACUGGGCAAGGCGAAGAGAGCUGUUCAGAGAGGAGCCACGGCUGUUAUAUUUGAUGUCUCAGAAAAUCCAGAUGCCAUCGAUCAGCUGAACCAGGUUUUGGAGGACCCUCUAAAGAGGCCGGUGGUCUAUGUCAAAGGAGCAGAUGCGGUUAAACUGAUGAACAUUGUCAACAAGCAGAAAGUUGCACGUGCCAGAAUUCAACACCGGCCACCAAGGCCAACAGAGUAUUUUGACAUGGGAAUCUUCCUGGCGUUCUUUGUUGUGGUGUCUCUGGUCUGCCUAAUCCUCCUCAUCAAGAUAAAGCUCAAGCAAAGACGUAGCCAGAGUUCCAUGAACCGGAUGGCCAUUCAGGCCCUGGAAAAGAUGGAAACACGCAAGUUCAAGGCUAAAAUCAAAGGUCAGCGCGAGCCCAGCUGUGGAGCAUCAGACUCGCUGAGCAGUAGUUCCACAUCAGACUGUGCCAUCUGCCUUGAGAAAUACAUUGAUGGAGAGGAGUUGAGAGUGAUUCCUUGUGCACACCGCUUUCAUAAGAAAUGUGUUGACCCUUGGCUACUGCAGCACCACACCUGUCCACACUGCAGGCACAACAUCAUUGAGCAAAAAAAGGGAAACCCUGGCGCUGUUUGCCUUGACCCAGGUAACCCAGUCCACAGCCGCCAGCAGAGAGUCGUCCUUCCUGUUCAUUACCCAGGAAGGGUGCACCGAGCUGGGCAAGUGACGGCCUACCCUACACGCACCAGCAUGGACCCCCAUGGCAACCCCAUCACUGUUCUAACAGUAGACCCGCAUCCCGAGCCGGGCCUUUAUCCUUCGCAAUCUUCCUUUAUACAGGGUUACCCAGCUCUCCAUUUGGACCACACUCUGAACCCUCACCAUUGUGGCCUGGAGCAUCGUGCCCCUGGCUAUCCACAAACCCAUACUUUUAAGCGGCCCAAAUUCCAUGGACGCAACUUUUCUCGUGCCGCCUGCUUUUCCCAGUACGAAACCAUGUACCAGCAUUACUAUUUUCAAGGCCUGACCUUUCCUCAGCCCGAAGGCCAGCCUGGAAAUGGGCUCCACAAGGGUCACAAUCGACCCUUCCCACCAGGACUGUUGUAUCCUACUGUGGUGCACAUGGCACCGGCUUCCUCUUCCCGACUUGGGGACUCAGGAAGCACCUCGGGACUAAGUUGUUACCACGGGCACCGCUCUGUGUGUAGCGGUUACCUUGCGGACUGUCCUGGAAGUGACAGCAGCAGCAGCUCGGGUCAGUGCCACUGCUCCUCAAGUGACUCGAUGUUGGAUUGUACGGAAGUCAGCAACCAGGGUGUCUAUGGGAGCUGCUCGACGUUCCGUAGUUCGCUAAGCAGCGAUUACGAUCCUUAUGUGUACCGCAGUAAGAGUCCUUGUCGGGGAUCUGCUGGGGAGGCUGGGACAGUGUUUCCUGCCACCGCUCCAGCUGAUGACACUUCGGCCCCUGUAUCAGGGAUGAUGGACUGCCUACAGCCUCCUUUUGAAGCUUGUUGCAGUUCUGGGGACCAGCUGUCCAACUGCAGCCUGGAGCCCAACUGUAGUAGCCACUCUUCAGUGGAAACCAGGGAACUCACUAGCACUACCUCAGCUGAGCCCAUAGAGGGCACUGCAGCAGAACGGAAGCAUUGCGGAGAGCAAGGGGUUGCUUGCAACUGCUGUUUCGAGGUACCUAAAUUCAAUUUGGAACAUAAAGGGCUGGAGGGAGAAAACAGGGGACUUUGUAGGAGAGGAGCGGAAUCUCAAGCAGUUGCUUGCACGCAGAACUUCUCUCCAGAUCAUGUUGGCUAUGAUGGACUUCCAUGCUGCUUCUACACAGAGAUGACUGUACACCACGGAAGUGCUAGUCAUUACGCUGAAGACUGUUCAGUUAACGUACAGUAUGCCCAGACAGACACUGACAGCUGCAUGGGACAGGGUUGCUGCGAACAUGCUCAGCGAAUACCCAUAAUUCCUGAGGAUACAGACUGUGAAUUAGGCUUGGGUCCAGAACCACAAACGAGUUUGCUUCCUCUUAGAUUUACUGUAGAGAGGGAGGAAAGGACUUCUGAGGAAACUUGUGACUUAUUUUACCCCUCAGGACAAUGUAGAGGUCAAAUUUAUCUGCAGCCGCUAGGUGAAGAGACGAGAGCACUAUUUCCCUCCCAGUGUAAUGGCGUGCCUGAAACAUAAGAGGGUGGCAAAGCAUCUUUUGAUGGGUCAGGACUCUGAUAGUGAGUCCUGACACACAGCACAGGCUCUUGAGAAUUAAUACAUUUUUAACUUCUUCGAAUAGUUGUGUCAAAACUCUGGAGUGUACUUAACGGAUUUGAGUGGUUUGAGUUUCAAAUCGAGAUUUUACCAUUUUUCUUUGCCGUGGUGAUCUUGUUCAUUCCUGUGACCUUCAGAAUCUGUCACAUCAACACAGUAGUUGUUGAAGAAAUAGAAGGCAAAAGUACAAAGCUAAUCAUUUUUUUUAUUUUUUUAUUUCACAUGCUUCCAUAUGCUACACAAAGUCAGAAAUGUGAGUCAAACUUAGUGUCAUUAUUUGCAUGCUGCUCUCUUUAAUAUGAUUUGAAUGGUCUUUUUUUUUUUCUUUUUU